AUGGCGACUGAUCACAAGGACAGCAUCCGACAACUGGUCUGGCCACGACUGCGGGAGGUCGCUUUUCCAGACUCGAGGUUCCACUUUGACUUCUCCAGCUUUAUCGCAGAUUUCCAUGGAUCUGACGCUGCCAUUGAGCGACUCGCUUCUUUGCUUUGCUAUACUCACGCCAAAGUGGUGUUCAUAACCCCGGACAACUGUCUUGAGCUACUGCGGUUGAGAGCUCUUCAGGACGGCAAGAAAGUACUGGUGACCACCUAUGCUAUUAGAAGGGGGUUCUGGUUGCUGGAUCCGGCUAUCAUCACGACAGCAGAGGAUAGAAAGCUUGCGAGUCUCUUAGACACCAUGGAGAAGCCAGGGCUUGGGAGACAUUUGACACUUGCCGAGAUGCAACAGCUUGACCUUCGUGUGGAUUUGAUGGUGACGGGCACCGGGGCGAUCAAUCAGGCUGGCAUCCGAUUCGGAAAAGGCCACGGCUUCUUCGAUCUCGAAUGGGCCAUGCUGAGCAGUAUCCACGUUGUCAAUUCCUCUGUUCCUUGCGUUGCUGUUGUUCACGACUGCCAGGUCCUGGAUGAGGAGUUACGGCCGGAGGUGUUUGACACUGUCUGUGAUCAUAUCAUCACACCAACGCAAGCCUUAGAGGUCCAGGGCUCUGUACACAAGCCCGAUUGUGGCAUAUUGUGGGGAAAAUUGCAACCUGGCAUGCUUGAGGAUAUUCCUCCUUUGCAAGAGCUGCAAAAAGUGCAAGAGAAGUGCUGA